UACAGCGCCUCACCUGACAUGACUAGUGCAGUCAAGAGAAAGUGAAAAGACAACGGAGGCUUAAAUUAAGUUGGUUAAUUGACUGCGAUUUCCAAAGUCUAAAUAUUGUGUUCGUCAUGCAUCAAAUAUUAGCACAAUGAGCAGAUGAACAAAUAUCCAAUGAACACACAAACAUAAAUUGAAACUUGAAAACUUUGAAACUUAAAUUGAGCGCAGGAAGAAAUAAGAUUUUGCGCGUUCGGCGGUCGGAGUUCACGGAGCGAGCUUGAUAAAGUAGCCUACAUUUUGAAGCCGAAGAGGAUAAACAAAGGCUGAUCAUUUCAUUCUUUAAUUAAGCUCAGACCAUGUUUGUUCUUAUUUUCAGAAGAGGAAGUGGAGCCCGUAAAACGUGUUCUUUAGGUAAAAUUCUAAUACUUUCUCUAAACAAGUAAACAUUAACGGUUAGUAGCCUUCUUAUAAAGCAUUCUUUAUAAAUAACUAUCAAAUAUCUUUUUUUAGGCUAAAUUUGUUCUGGACUGCGUAUAAAACAAAAAAAAUGUUAGUGGUAAUUAGCCCAGUAUUUUCAGCAGACAGUUUGCCCUUUCGAGAUCAAAUAAACUCGUGGGUUUAGAUACACUAAAAACAAACACUAAGGGCAGGUCAUGCUGCUUUUAUUAACAAGUGUUUCACCAAGAUAUGCAAAGUACACUCUUAAAAAUGAUUCACUGCCUCUACUCCCAAAAAUGCAUUAAGUUUUUGAGUAGCCUAUUACCUAAAUGCUGUGAACCUAUGGGUCAUUUUCAGUCACACAUUUAGUUUAAGUACAAACAAUGUGGGUUUCCUCCACGUUUAAAAACCUAAUUAGGUUUAACUUGAAAAUGUUCAUGGUCAUAUUCAUGGUGAUAUUUAGCUAAGUAAUCAACUUAGGGUUAAGUUGUUUCACAUAGGAAUCUUUCUAAAAUUUCGAUUGAAUAUAUCAAAUUUAUUUCUGCUUUAAUGUUUUUUGUGGAGAUUACCCUUUUUUAAGAAAUCAAGAUAAAAAAGCAAUGAUAAUUUCACCUUUUGUAUUUUUUAAUGGGUAAACUGUGUAGCCUAUAUUUAUGACGCAGUCGUCUACAACAGAUCUGAGUUUCUUACAACGUAGAUGUAGCGAAGAAACUAGGCGGGAAGCGGCAGGAACUGAAUUAGCUUUAUCCGGGUGAGAUGUUUACGCUAACUUUUUAAGAUGAGUUCAUCUUUAUCAGAGCGGCUAGCCAGUCUACUUAGCGGAUCGCUACACGACUCCCGACCCCCUGUCCAAGCGGGAAUUGAACUCGGCCUUGAUGACUUCACCUUAAGUUAAGUGGUUACGCGCAGCUGCCUCCCAACCAGAUAGACCCAUGUUCAAUUCCUGCCUGCUCUUUGCAGAACUCGUGUUGUAACAAACUCAAUAUCGGUGUCACAGACUUACAAAUUAACCAAUUAAAAUAAAAGGGUGAAAUUAUCUAAAUUACUGCUUUUUUUUUUUUUACCGCUUUCUUGAUUUCUUGGAAAAAGGUAAAUUAUACAAACAUGUUGAAGGAACAAUUUGCAAAAGAUUUGAGUAAAUAAAGAUUGAUAGUUGAAUUACUAGGUGAUUACAAGUUCAUUCUUAUUAUUAGUUCAAUAUCUUGAUGAAUAUGACCAUGCAUAAAGCAGGUUAAACCUAAUUAGGCGUUUAAAUGUGAAGGAAGCCCACAUUGGUAGUGCUUAAACUAGCUGUGUAGUCAAAGAUAGGCUCAUCUUAAAAAUACUGAAUAUAAUUUGAAAUUACUCAUAAACCACAAUGCGUCUGGUUGCCUCUUUUUUAAAGCAGAGGCAGUGAAUCGCGUAGCCAUGACCAAAGUUGCCAAGCUAGUUCACAAAGAGGAUUGCCAGAUUCCCGGUUUUUAAAAUGUUUAUUUAUUUAUUUAUUUUUAUUUGUAGCUACCGGUACGGUUUGUCCACAUUUGUAAAUUCCAUGUUCUGUCUCCAGCGUCCCAUACCCGUCCUCCCCCGGUUUGCGAUCGGUUUCGACAGAACCCCAUAAACCCCAGCUUGUUAUUUUGUGUGAGGCAAGACUGCCAGUGUCGUUUCUUGUAACUUGGUGUAAUUUUGAUUACUUACUACCUUUUAAAAAUACUUUUAAUGGCUGGCCAAAUUAAUCAAUUUGAAUUAAUAACUAAUAGACUGUCCUUUGUACGUGUGAGUAACUUGGCAUUUCUGUACGUUGAAAGCGUGUUUUUCAUCAGAGUAAUUUAAUGUAAUUUUACUUACAUCUGACAAGGGACAUGAAGGCAGGAAAAAUAAAAACAACAGAGCAACAAUUGCUUUUAGUGUCAACCUAAACGAAGAAAAAUCAAUCGGUCCAGAACGUGUAAACAAAGCUGUGUGGUUGGAAAUGUCGUUCGAUUAUUGGUCAAAGUGCUGGCGUAUAAAAAUACAACAAAACCCUCGCAGUUUCUGCCUGUACUUUAUUACGUGGAGCACCGCCAGGUUAUAUUCACGUUGGUGUUGAUUUGGAGUGCACCUCGUUAGACCGCGCAAAAGAAAGUCUGUCCAGAAUGCGUAAAUUAAAUAAUUUAAUAAUACAGGUAUUACGAGAAAGACGGUCUGCAAGCAGACGAUAUCACAGAAGAAGGCUGGCUGUGAUGAGAUCCUUCCAUGACAAAUCUCACUUUGUCGGGAGUCUAGGUCAGUCCGCUUCCAGCCGUGAUAGCUAGCUAUGCAGUGAAGUGAACGCUCCAGAGUUUGAUUGAAAUUGACUACACAAGGCUAGUGUAAACGCACUUUUAGACUGUCUUAAAGGGGCAGACUGCUCAUAUAUUGCUAGUAGAAAAAUUCACAAAUUCAGCCAUAUUCAAGGCCCGUGCAUGUCUAGACUUGUUUAGGAAACCCAAUUUGCUCAAUCUAUAAUUUAACACCAAAGUCAUUUGAGCUGACUACUUGGCAAAAGAGAUAAAGAAAUUAAUAUCAUACUAUAUAUUGUGAAAGUACAUAACAGGAACAUUUGUGACAGUGUUUAAUGAUCAAAAUAGUUAACCAGUAAAGAUGGGUAACGCAGGUAAGUGUAACACCUCCCUGGUGUAGGAUUGUACUAUGCCACCCCACUCUCAUCAGACAUUAGCUAAUAUGGGGUCUUUAAUGACCACAGUGAGUCAGGACCUCGGUUUAACAUCUCAUCCAAAAGGCGGCGAAAAAACCACGUGGCUGUGGUAAUUCAAUGAAUUUGCAUAUGGCUUUUUAUCAAGAAGCUACUAAAUCCCACAAAGUAAUAAAACUUCAUGUGUUUAUUUGGAACUACACCUGGAGGGCAGCGGUAAAGAAUUAACCUAGCUAAACUACAAGGUCAAUGAAUUAAAAACAAGGAAAAACCCACUAAAAAUUGCUUUGCUUUUUUUGUGGAAAUUUGAAACUUGCAAGACAGACUGACCACCUCUUUAGGAAUAUGCAUAUGUAUGUUUUUUGGCUGGACCGCAACAGCAGGGCCAGCUCUACAAACGCGAAUGUCUGUGACUGAGUGAGUGACUGAGUGAGUGAUUAAGUUACACCAUUGGUCGGCCGGAUCACGUGUGUUAGGUCCAGCCAUAUACUAGGGUUUAACCUGGUCUUGUUUGCGUAUGUAUUAGUGACUGAGUGCUUGAUCCCCUUGAUUGCUGCUUGCAUGAUUCAUGGUUUUUAUGUAUGCUGUCCACUCACUGCUGCCGGUACUUUGUGAACAAAAUUAUUUCUGUUUCUUGCUGGAGUCCGAUAUAAUAACAUCCUGGCGUUUGGAUUCCCCCUUCAGUUUGUUGCUUUGGGUGUUGCGGUUUCUUCUAGGCCCAUCCGUGUAUGAUAAAACCUAUGAUCAAAAUCUUCCUGUGAUGUCCCUUGUAAACGUCAUUUUGGGUUUUUGUGUGCUAACAAACUCAAAAUUGUAUUUAUUAAUGGGAGAAAAUAACAGAAUUUAAUCACGAAAGGUGGUUUCUGGAUGUUUUUAGUGCAGAUUUGUGCUUAUUGAUGCACACAAAUGCAGUUAACAUGCAGAGUGGGAGAUACUGGUGCUUUUGCGUUAGGUGGGGCAAGCAAAGACACCUGAAGUUGGGUGGGACUGCAAUGAAUCCUCAGUGGUACAGCUCGCUGACUCAGUUACAUGGAAAACCUCAAAAUAGCCAGCAAGCUUAAAUGCUAGUUAGUAGUAAAUCAACCGUAAGCCACAGGUUCUUGAAGCAUAUGUAUACAUAUGUAUAUAUGUAUAUGUAUAUAUUCCUGGUACUGUUCCAUUAUUUCAGUUUACUUUAACAGUCAUUGUUAUGGUGAAUUUUACAGAAUGGUUUAUUUUUGUUUUUUACCGUGCCAGUCCCUCCAUUUUGAAUCAGUGGUUUUUAUGCAUGGUUGCCUCACCCUUACCACUUCCUGAUGUUUUCACGAAUACACUAGUUGACUAACUGCACACUGCAAAAAUAUCACUCUUACUGAAUCAACAUCAGGUCUCAUCCGUACGCACCUUCCAGCGCCAGUGAAGUUCUACUAGACUGAGAAGUCCGCCUUCGUUUUUGUCGUCAUCGAUGCAGCUCAAACCAAACAGAUUUGCCAAGAACACCGCAGCGGCCCUCCAUGACCCCUAAACCAGCUCCUCAGCCUGGGCACGUGGUUCCCAGGGCCUGGGAGUAGCUGGUGGUGUGCCAGUACGCCACAGGUCGGAAUCACCACGGUUCAGCCAACGGCGACUUCGGGAAGGGUGGCGCCUGGGUUGAAGGAGGGUCCUGAUUGGCCGGCGCCUGGGAGGGGGCAGGGAUUCUCACCCCCCAUCUGGAUGGAGCGUAAAAGAAAGACUGUAAAAAACAGAAGUGAUUAUAUGCCAUUGCAUGUUUAACUCACUGAUCUGGAGCCUAAAAGAAGAAAAGAAGAGUGACCCUCUUAUGUGAUAUCAUAAUUCCCUGAUAUAUGUGUUCUAUUUCUGAACAUAUGUUAAGCUACCUUUCAAGAGGCGACGUCUGAUAGAAAGCCUAUUAGCUAAAUAAAAUGUUCCUUAUAAAGAUGGUUACCUCGCGGUUGUGCAUGCCAUCAAAAACUAUGCAUAAUACCCUGAAAUGUUUUGCAGAUAUUUUACUUGAUGUAUUAUAACAGACUUGCGUAUGGAGGAGCUUAUUUAUUUAUUUUUCUUUUAGUUAGAAGAAAAGUUCUCCGUAAAAUAAAAUGGCGAGUCCCAGUCCUGACCAAGACACUCCCACGAGGAGACCAAAUUGGAAAUACAUUGCAGUACUGAUCGUUUUCUUCAUCGUUAACAUCGCUGUGUACAGCCUGACCUCAAACCCCACCAAGGGCUUGAAACAGCCGAUGCCUAGGCCGGCCUCUCACCUAGAACCUUUGCCAACCGCCCCAGGGUUUUGUCCUUUCCCUGCCCAGAGAGACCCGCUGGUCAGCGUGAGCGGCGCCCGGUCGUACGUGGUGGCGCCCUACGUGGAGCACCGGGGCGGAGGCAGGCAGAUCCGGGCCAUCUCCAUCAUCUACCGACCCGAGCCCGACAACUACCAGUGCCUCCUGUGCUGCGGGGGGCGCAAUUUCUCCGUCUCCGCCUCCCGCAACGUGCACAGCGACCACUUCGGCUUCGACUACUGCGCCGGGGACAUCUUCUGCCCGGUGGCGAGCGGCUGCGCCGAGCCGGAGCACGUGGCCAUCUUCUCCAGGGGCCAGCACCAGGAGCCCGCCUUCUUCCCCGUCCAGAACCGGGAGCUCAGGACCGGCGGCUUCGAAUACGACUUCACUGUCUGCAUCUCCACCAUGUACGGGAACUACAGCAACCUCCUGCAGGUGGUGCAGUCCAUGGAGAUGUACCGCCUGCUGGGGGUCGGGCGGGUGGCGGUGUACAAAAACAGCUGCAGCCCGGAGGUGGAGAGAGCGCUGGAUUACUACGAGGCCCAGGGCUUAGUGGAGGUGGUGCCCUGGCCCGUGACCUCCUUCAUUAACGUCUCCCCGGGCUGGCGGAAGUCUGCCUCCCCGGGGGACCUGCACUACUACGGGCAGAUCCCUGCGCUGAACGACUGCCUGUACCGAUACAUGUACAGGACCAAGUACGUGGCCUUGCACGACAUCGACGAGCUCAUCCUGCCUCAGCGCGUGGACGACUGGAACCAGCUUCUGGUGCGCCUGGAACAGAGGUAUUCCGCCGACAAAGGCUUCGAGUUUGAGAACCACGUUUUCCCCGUCUCCGCGUCGGACCAGAUCGACAAGUACAGACCCCGGGAGUGGGAGAAAGUCAAGGGGGUCAACGUGCUGGAGCACGUUUUCCGGGAGCCCAACAUCCCCAAUCGCUUCAACAACUUCAAAGUGAUCGCCAACCCCCGCCUGGUGUUCGAGACGACCGUGCACGGCUUCCUGCGCUCGAUGCACGGGACCGUGCGCGUGGACCGCGACGAGGCCCACCUGUACCACGUCAAGAAAGGUGCCAGGCCCGAACUGAGCCCGUCUGACCUCAUAAGGGACGAUCGAGUCAGGCACUACGCUCCGCGGCUGGUGCCAGCCGUCUCAGAAGCGCUGAAAAACAUCAGCAACUCAGAACAGAAGAGCACACGUUAUAAUUCCAAGACGUUGGCAGGCUAUAACCAAAAGUAGGCUACUGCGCCGCAUAACAUACAAGUUUGAUUUCAAGUUAUUUUGAAAAUAAAUCGGUUUGCGGCUGCAGAUUUUUUAAAAUGGCGGUUGAAAUAAAACACUGCGAGUAGCCUAGUCGACCAAUCAGAAAUUUUCAGCGCUUGCACCCCACCCCAAAAGUUCCGGUACUUUUGGAAAGUACUACCCCCCGAGCAGGGACUUUUUUGGGGGUAAAAUAAAGUCCCGGGAACUUAAUUUAGACCCUAGUUCCUGCGGUCGAAACGCACUGAGUUCCUCAAAAGGUUCCUAGUUCCGGGGUAAAGUUCCUGCGGUGGAAACGCGGCUAAAGAUGUACUCCCCCCCCCUCCCCCCCAAAAAAAUAAAUAAAUACUUGCAUUUAUUCAUAACUCAAGGGGAAGUUAUACUGUUGAUUGAACCCAGGCCUCAUUCCACGUGGGUUGAAAAUAAGUAUAAAAACAUGAAUGACUGGAUGUAAAGAAUUUCUUUAUCUAGGCAGCUUCUUCAAAGGGGGAGACCGAGUGAGUAAAAUACUGCAGCAUACAUGUAGUUGCACAAAUGUAAUUUAAUUUAGUAGAAUCAAAUAGCGACACAUAAUCCAGGCUGACGUUUUCACGCAGAAAGCAGCUUCCUUUACUAGUGUAGGCUAGUAAAGUGGGGAAGAAUUUAUGUUUCCCAUUGACUGGCAGAAUAAUUAUUUCCAAAGAACACAUAAAUGACAGCGAAUUCGCUGGUGUGCAAUGAGUGGCUGAGUUUUGAGCAUCUUUCUUUUCCUCCCUUUUGGAAGAACUGGGCUGGCGUGUGUUGGUUCGCCCUCUUUGACUGUGGAUGUGGUUGAAGAACUGACUGUCUCAAAAGAAGCGUUGUUUGUCCACCAAAUGUGAUUUCUUUCUCACUUGCACUAUGAUGAUUUUGAAGGUUAUGUGGGUGUAUGCCGUCCAAAGUGCUCCUUUGUUACUGUAUAUGCAAAAUGAAAUAUGUCUUAGUUUAAUGCCAUCAUCUAUGGCAGCAUUGCAUAGCUUAUGCAUACUCAGUUUAAACCACUGGAUAUUUGCUGAAACUAUUCAGGUUUGGUGCUUAGGUGGUACCAGUGCAGUACUCUUCCUAAGAUUUUUACCUACAGACAUCUGUUAUUAAGCACUGCUCAAUUACGAUUGCCAGUGUGAAGAUUUUCUAUUCUAACCAGAUGGCCUUGUCUGUAUACUGUCUCUGUUAAUGCGGAGGCCCAAAGUGCUUUACUUUUCUGACAUAUUAUGAAUGUUCAUAAUAUUCUGUAUUCUUUCAAUAUGAAGGGGUAUGAAGAUUAUAUAUCUGGUUUGUAUGUAUAAUAGGUUAUAUGUGGCUACACUGUGGACUGUCUUUGAUGCUGUGUUGUUGUGAUUUUCAAAGGGAACAUUUAUAAUGUCCUGUUUGCACGUACAAAUACAAGUGUCUUGAUUCUAAGCAACGUCCAAUCUAAAGAAGGUUUUACUAUAAAGAACAUUAAUAUAUUCUGCAGAUUGUAUAAGCGCCUUAAUCGACUCUUGCUGAAAAGCUGUUAUUUUGUAAUUUAUACAGAUUUUAAAGAAAAUGGUUUUGUAUGUGGGAAAUGUAAGGGGAAAUGUACUGUACAGCAUGCAUUGUUUGGAAGUAAGUCCCAACAGGGUGAUAUGGCCCCUAUGCAAAGUGAAUUGGUCUUAAUCGCCCUGAGAGUGACCCUGUAGGGAUGGGGCAGGGUGGGCUGGGGGGGCACGACCACCUAUAUGGCAUCCUGGCCCUCCCAUUCACCCUGGCUGAACCACCACACCCAAUUGUGAAUGCCCACCUGGGCAGUUCAAUGCAGACCCAGCUGUAUGAGUAUUUUUGGCUAUGCUGCUACCCUGACUGGGCUUAUUUUGGAACUACUGGCAAGCUCACUGUACAUCAUCAUUUGUACACUGUGGCUGCUUGCCAAAUAAAUUCAUUAACUGGCACGAAAUCAUCAUUUAAUUGAUUAUGCAUAUUUGUGCACAAGGGAAGUUCCAGCAAACAACAAUGGUUGUCACUAUAUUAGCAACCGCAAACAAAUUAGUGAGAGACAUUUCAAAUGUCACACCGCUGACAAAAUUUACGAACAUUAAAUGGAAGAUUCCUGUUUAUAGGAUAGUGCUUCAUGUUGAAAGGGCAUUUUUUUGGGGUGAUGUCUCAACUGCUUCUUCUGCAUUUUCCUCCUUUCAGUUUGAGGUUUUUCCAUAAAGCUUACUUUGUUUUUUUACCAACAGGGGAGAAUACAUUCUAACUGGUGUGACUAGCUAUGCAGCGAGAUAUUAACGUAUUGGAAUAACUGCCAUUAUAAUGACAGAAUGACAGCUUUUUGCAGUAAUGAAUGCUAAUUGGCCAAUCAGAACUGACUGCUCAACAAAGCUGUGGUAUAAACACAAUCAAAGUAGUAAACUCAAGAAACAAACUGCCUGCACCUUUCUGGUGACAUCACUGCUUUAAAAUGGGAAUACAUCUUGUAAAUUCUUGUAAAAUCUUGUAAUUUGCCUGCUCUUUAAAUAAAAUGCUACAAUCUUGGGAACAUUA